UCGGCUUUCCUACUGACAUCAAUAAUCCGCCGAUACAAAUUUUCAACAACAUAUUGAUCGUACAAAGCGAAGAAAAUAUAGGGCGGGAAAACGUCUUAGAAUACGUCGGAAGUUAGCUGAACUAACAAAAGCCAUACGCAGAAAUGAUGUGUUUAAUGGCAUAAUGGAAUUUGCUGACACUUAUUUUAAUCCCCACGGAAAAUCAAUUGGAGAUACUCUUAUCGCAACGUUAACGCGUAAGGAUAGGGAGCUUAAUGAUCAUGCACCUUAGUGUGAAAUGGUUACAUUCUUGAGAGGAGACGAAAUUCCACCAUUGCAUAUACGCAUGUAUGAACCUGAAAACGUGGUUCUAUCUUAUGAUAUAUAUGGGAAGCCGCCUCAUCGUGGUAUCUGUAACAAAUGUUGCCAGAUGCAACUGAAUGCUCUAGGCUUCAUUGCGGCCACAACGUUCUAUUUGCGUUCUAAUGUUCUCAAAACUUUUGCUGUAAAAUAUAGCGUACUCUUCAUUUGUUUCCGAGCAUUCCGAGCAACCUUGCGAGUUGUCGUGCCCGAACCUGCACAGGUGCUUGCUGGAGCAGUCACGACCAGUCAGGACUUAGUGCUGGCUGGAAAUGGUCCAGCAAUAUCCAUUGCGAUCGUUUCGAAAGGUGCACCCACGUUGUACUGCUGCAAGCGCCCCUGAUCGCAGUUGAGAAUCCAUGCAGCUACGGAAUCAACAUCGAAAGCAUAUAAAAUCUUAUUAAACAGUCUUAAACACUUUGAAAAAAUAGCGAAGUUCAGAAAGCAUG